CACCUCAACAACACUUGUCUAUAAAAAUCCUCAAAACUCACACAUCUCACACACACAUCAAAUAAAUUCAAACAAUAAAUAAAUAAAUAAAUUCUUCUCAAAAUUUCCUUUAAUCAAAAUGUCAAGUGAAGUUGUCAAGAAAGAAGAAUCACUAAAUCUGAAAAUCACUAGAAAAAGCUAUGUGAAACCUGAGGGAAAAAUAGGGAAAAAAGAGUGUCAAUUGGUCACAUUUGAUCUACCUUACUUAGCUUUUUAUUACAACCAAAAAAUAAUUUUAUACAAAGGAGGAAACUUUGAAGAAAAUGUUGAGAAACUCAAAAAUGGGCUUAGUGUGGUUUUGAAAGAGUUUCAUCAACUAGCUGGAAAAUUAGGAAAAGAUGAAGAGGGUGUGUUUUUUGUUGAAUAUGAUGAUGACAUGGUUGGUGUUGAAGUUAUUGAAGCUGUUGCUAAUGAGAUUAGUGUUGAAGAUCUAACUGUUGCUGAAGGUAGUGCCAUUUUGAAAGAAUUGAUUCCUUAUAGUGGAAUCUUGAAUUUGGAAGGCAUGCAUAGACCUUUGUUGGCUGUUCAGUUAACAAAGCUCAAAGAUGGGCUGGCAAUGGGCUUGGCUUUUAACCAUGCUGUUGUUGAUGGAACUUCCACAUGGCACUUCAUGACUUCAUGGGCCGAGGAAUGCAGCAGUGCACCCCCCACAACACCCCGACCAUUCCUAGAACGGACCAAGUCCCGAAACACACGGGUAAAGCUUGACCUCUCCCUACCCGAGCCCAAAAGCCCAUCAACCAAUGGCGAGGCAAAGCUCGAGCCCGAAGGCCCUCCCCCAUCGGCCAAUGGUGAGGCAAAGCCUGAGCCUGAAGGCCUACCACCAUCAGCCAAUGGCGGGGCAAAGCCUGUACUUAGGGAAAAGAUCUUCAAAUUUUCUGAGUCAGCCAUCGACAAAAUCAAGUCAACAGUCAACCAAACUCUUCCAUCAGACGGUUCAAAACCAUUCUCAACAUUCCAGUCUCUCUCCGCUCAUAUUUGGCGUCAUGUGACCCUUGCACGUGACCUAAAACCCGAAGAAUAUACAGUAUACACCGUCUUUGCUGACUGCCGAAAACGAGUGGACCCACCAAUGCCAGAGGCGUACUUCGGUAACCUAAUUCAAGCCAUAUUCACUGUCACCGCCGCCGGACUUUUGUCAGCUCACCCGCCACAAUUUGGCGCUUCUUUGAUCCAAAAGGCAAUUGAAUCUCAUGAUGCUAACGCUAUUGAUGGACGUAACAAUGAGUGGGAGAGUGAACCCAAGAUUUUUCAAUUCAAAGAUGCUGGAGUGAAUUGUGUGGCAGUUGGAAGUUCACCAAGGUUUAAGGUUUAUGACAUUGAUUUUGGAUGGGGAACACCAGAGAUUGUGAGGAGUGGGACUAAUAACAAAUUUGAUGGAAUGAUUUAUUUGUAUCCUGGCAAGAGUGGAGGUAGGAGCAUUGAUGUUGAGCUAACAUUGGAGCCUGAGGCCAUGGGAAGGUUGGAGCAAGAUAAGGAAUUUCUUAUGGAAUUAUAAUUUAAACUACUAGAGUUUGUUGCAAUAAAAGGUUUGGUAGUGAGGAAAUUUGGAAUUUCUACUAUUAGAUUGUUGAAAGGAUUCAUCCUUCUAGCUUGAUUAUUCUUAUAAAAAAACUAUGAUGUUAUUGUUUAAUUAGGUGUGUGUUGCUUAAUAGGAUUUUGUAUUUUGUGGUUUUGUACUUGGAUUGAAUUUGAACUUGGUAAUGUUGUUUGGAUAGUGUAUGUGAUCCACUAAAUAAUUUCUAUUUCCAUUUUUGUUA